UGGGUGGGCGCUGGCCGUGGGGAUGGUGGCCAGCCCCACCGCGGAAGCGAGCGGCCGGGAGACUCAGCGGCGCGGGUCGCCUUGAGCCCCGGCUGGUCCCGGGAGGCUGGAGGGAAGCGGCGCUGCCCCCGGGAAAGGGGAAGUGUAGGGAAUAAAGAGCGGACGGCUGGGACGGAACCAGACACCGGCCCUCGAGCUUCGGGAGGGGUCAUGACACGGCAGCGCGUAAGGGCUCCGGAAUAGAUUCCCACUUCAUGAUAAGGAGAGACUUGAGAAAUGGUUGCGGAAUAUGAAGCGAGACUCAUGGACUCCAAGUAAGCACCAGCUCCUCUGCAGUGAUCAUUUUACCCCCGAUUCCCUGGAUGUGCGAUGGGGGAUACGGUACUUGAAAAAUACCGCUGUGCCAACUAUUUUCUCUACCCCAGACGACGAGGAAAAAGAUUCUUCUCAGAACAGUUCACAGCAGGUACAGAAAAAAGACCAGGAAGAAACUAAUAUUCUGUCAGAGAAAGUAUCUGUAUCAUUUGAACCUUGUCCACCAAAGAAAAAUUCUGUAAUUGCACAAAAUGUAGAGGAAAAAGCAGAAGUGGUUUGCUCAACUGCACUGAGUAAACCUUUUCAAAUUCAAAACCUGCAGCUUCCAGAUGAAGGAGGCUUUCAGGCAGACAGUGUCAUUCUUGAUAGUUCAUCUAAGCAGUACGUACAUCAGCCUAAUCCUGUUUUAAUGACAGCAGUCCAGGACACAGCGGCUACCAGUGUUCAUGCUUCCAUAGAGGAUUCAGCAGAUUGUACAGGUACAAUCCUGCAAUUUGCAGACCCUGACUACUUGAAUUCAUCUCUGAAACUGAACAGUGCUUUAGGGUCAGUUACUGAUUAUGCAGUUGAAAAUUCUGUCCCUCACGUGGUCUGCUCUGGUGAAGCGCAGACAAGUGAAGAUGCAGUUUUACUGAGUACAGUCACACAAACUAUUGAACAGUUCAGUGGAAGUGAAGAGUCCAUCAUUGCUAUUAUUAUGCCAGCUGAGAGUCCGGAAGAGCCUGAAAGAGUAAAUGCUUCUUUCCUGCCUGCUAAGGAAGAGUUUCUUGACAUAGAGGAGACAGAGGUAAUUGAAUAUAACGGAAAUGAAAUACUGCAGACUGAGCAUUCAUACUGUAGGCAAGACAUAGACAGAGAUCAACUUUGGCAAAAAAUUUCAAAACUCCACUCUAAGAUAACUUUACUUGAAAUGCAGGAGGUAAAAACUUUGGGGAGACUCAGGUCCUUGGAAGCUCUUAUUAGACAAUUGCAGCAAGAAAACCUGCUUUCUGAAGAAAAGAUGAAGUUGGUAAAAAACUACUUUACAACACUUGAAGUGACUGUGAUACAGUAAAGGCUUUCAGUUGAUGGUUCUAAAAUACCUUUUUAGCCUCUUUGACUGUACUUCUGGACAAAUUAACUUUUUUCCCAGUUGUGGUGUUUUAAAACAUCUAAUGCAAAUCAUGUGAAUAGCAAAUAUUCUUUAAAAUGUUACAUCAAACAAAGCUAAGUGGUAGAAUGUUGUCUGUAAAACAUGACUGGCAAGUAAAAUUAAAAAACAACCCUGAAUUGGGCAAAGCUUUCUUAAGCAUGAAUCAAGUCAGUAAAAGAUAAUUUAACCCUUUAUUUGCUGCAGGCUUCCCUGAAACAUGCAAGGCCUGCAUUUGGGACAGCAGUAGAAUGGCCAGAAUAAGCAUAUAGGAUGAACAAUUACAUAUGUACAGAUAUGCAUUGUCCAGUGAGGUCAAAAUUGCCCUUCAUUUGUUCUGAUCAUUUUUGUACGCUUUGAUCUUAUUAAAAUUGUUUCUGCAUAAAAGA